AUGGCGAUCAAUGUCGCGGUAUCCAGUUUGCUCAUCCUCCUGCUACAGGGAAACUACGCCGAUGUGACAGCCCAAAACAAAUCCUGGCAAGAUCUUUUUAAUAGUACAUCUUGCGCUAAACCUCCAUAUAUCUGUCCGUAUCCAUUUAUCCAGUUUUAUUUGUAUACAAGAGAUACCCAGCAAAAUCCACUUCUACUGGAUGUCACGCGAAAGGAAUCCUUAUUCAAGUCGCGAUUUAAUCGAAGCCAUCCGACAAAAAUCAUCAUUCACGGCUUCGGUGGGGGAAGAAAUUUGGCACCGAGUACCGAUCUUCGUAAAGCGUAUUUCACGCGGGGCAAUUAUAACAUAAUAAUCGUCGAUUACGGUUCUUUGGUUCGCGAGCCUUGUCUCUCGCAGAUACAAUGGGGACCAGAUUUCUGUUCACGAUGUAUCGCUCAGUUGGUAAGAUACUUGAGGGAUCAUCCGCGAGGUACUCGCGUCGAGCGGGUCCAUGUGUUGGGGUACAGCGUAGGUGCUCACAUUGCAGGGCUUAUUGCCAAUUAUCUACCCGAUGACAAAUUAGGAAGAAUUACGGGGCUCGAUCCAACGAUAUUUUUUUAUAUGAACGGAAAUCGGUCGAGAGACCUGGACGAAACGGAUGCGCAUUUUGUGGAUGUGAUCCACACGGGUGCGGGAAUCCUCGGACAGUGGGGCCCAAAUGGCCAUGCGGAUUUCUAUGUGAACGGUGGAUCAAGCCAGCCCGGAUGCGCGACAUCCUCAAUUCUACAGACACUAUCUUGCGACCAUACAAAAGUCACGCCUUAUUAUAUAGAGUCGAUAACAACAAGGGUUGGAUUUUGGGCAGCGCCAUGCGCAAAUCUAUUUUCUUACCUGAUAGGUUGGUGCAACCCAUCCGAGGAAGAACACGUACCAAUGGGGGAAGAUACUCCACAUACAGCAAGAGGCAUCUUUUAUCUUUCAACAAACGCGUACAAACCCUACGCCCGCGGACUACCCGUAAAAAAGCAGCGAGUGAGAAGUCCGAAACGAUAGUGCUGCCGCCAGUAUUAAGCUUAUUAAAGCAACUAAUCAACAUUAUUA